CUCGACACAUAGCUUCUUCAGCAGCAUCAAACCUCCAUCACCUUGUCUACUUGAGAGUCUACUCCUAUUAACAAACCCAACCCAACAAUCUCAGUUCACCCCAACCUGACUCACAAUGAAGUUCUCCGCCGUUGUCCUCCUUUCCAUUGUGGGCGUCGGCAUUGCGGCCCCGGCCCCAUGGUCCGACAAGCGUGACCCCGCCCCCAAGCCUUGGUCCGACAAGGAGAAGCGCUGGGACGAGAAGCGCUGGGAAGAGAAACGCUGGGACGACAAGCGCUGGGACGACAAGCGCUGGGACGACAAAAGAUGGGACGAGAAGCGCUGGGAUGAAAAGCGCUGGGAUGAGAAGGCGAAGAAGGCUGUCGACCCCAACUAUCCCGGAAGAACAGACCUCGUCUAG